GAGCAUCCUCUGCAUCAGACAGUGAUGGAAGAGCGGCGGGUCACCAUAAAACACACAUCGGCAGUCUCAGCAACGGUCUAGUCCCUGCCCGGGUGGCCCCUUGAGGUGAUUCCAGUCGCUGCAUGCAGGAGGAGGGCGGGCUAACAAGAAGGUGGAGUGAAAAUGGGAAGGAAAAGAGGCGAAGAUGGAGCGGCGGGGACGCUCGGUGAAUGAACCAACGGCGUAGAGUUUUCAGGUGUCAUCUGCCCUACGUUGACGAUGGAGUCCACCCACCUCCUGAGUGGCGCAAAGAAGCGAGUGAAGAUCCACCCUCACACCGUCACCGCCAAAUAUGCCACGCACGCCCCUUACUCCCCACAGCCCGGCGUCCACACACACUUCCCUCAGCCCGGUGAUGAGGGCUACGACGAGGCGCCGUCUUUCGAAGACUUCGGCUCCUUCCUGGAGGAGACAUCAGACAGGAAGCAGCUGACGGAGCCCAAGAGGUGGCCUCUGACUCUGUUUGGUGCCAAAGACAAGGACAAGGGUGCCACCCCAAAACCCCAGGCGGAGGGGGGUGGCGAUGGUGGCGACGGGGGAGCCAGGGUUGCGAAGGGAUCUGGGAAAGGGGUUGGGGAACAGCUUGCUAGUUUUGGGGAGGCGUCUGUGUCCGCGUCCCGACUCACCUGGGUUGGACUCUUGGGGGCAGCGCUGGCUAACGGCUGCGUGAUUAUUCUGACUCGUGUGGCCUCGGAGCACUUCAGUCUGGGUCCCCUCUUUCUUCUGUUAGUACGGUCCAUUGUGCAGCUCCUGUCCGUGGCCGUACCACUCCACAAGGGGGAGAAUCCCUUUGGACCAGAAGGUUACCGACUCCGUCUGACAUGUUAUGGUGUGGCCUACUCACUCUCCCUCUGCUGCGCCUACUCCUCGCUGACCUUCGUCUCUCCUGACAAUGCCACCACCACCUGGCGCCUAGCAACCACACUGCUGUCGGCAACCCUCGCCUUCCUGCUGCUAGAGGAGCGUCUGGGUUUGGUGGAUGGCAUCACUCUUGCGGCGGGGCUGUGCGGUUUGGGAGUUCUGCUACUUCCUGCUGCAGAUGAGAGCAAUUCUGAUUCACCAACUGACCCGGUUGUGUUCUGGAGGGGUGCCUUUGGGUGGUCUCUGGCUGCACUUGCCGGGCUGUGGAUGGCCCUGGCGCUGGUUGGGUACCGCUCCCUGAAGGAGAGAGUGGGGGUGGCCACUGCUCUGUUCACAGUGAGUUGGACGGGCUGCCUGCUGACCCCGGCGACACUGGCUCUGCUCCGGGAGGGCUGGUCUUGGCCAGAGAGCACCCCCGAAUGGGGCCUGACCCUGGGCUUGGUGGCCUGCUCAGCCGCUGCCUUCCUGGGGGUCACACACGGCCUCACCCGCCUCCACCCGGCGCUGGUGUCGGCCUGCCAAAGCUUGGAGGUGGCACUCGCCACGAUAGUGCAUCUGGCCUUGCUGCCGACGGCGCCCACGGCUGCCGAGGUGGUCGGGAACGCGAUGGUGAUGCUGAGCGUCGGCUGGUUGGUGGCCGUGAAGCUGCUUCCCUCACGCGGGGCAGGGCGGCGCCACCGGGAGGAGUAUGAGGAGAUUCUGGACUCACCCAUUAAAUAGACACUUCUACACUCUAUUGUAUAUUUCAACUGCUAGAUGCUGAUUGGAGCUUUAUUACCUCUGCCAAGCACAAUGUUUACGUUUGUUUGUUGGCUAGUUCAAUGCAACUUUGAAAAGGGGAGCCAAGGAAAAACAUUUGGAGGGAUCAAUUCACACCUUUCAUCACUUGAAUGACAAUGGCGGGGCGAUUCAACUCAAUUAUUCUAGGGGACACAAGCAAUGUUUACACUAGUCAAAGAUGUGACAACUGCUGUUUUUAAGAACAUACUGCCAAAAAUGUUAGUCAAAGAUUCUCUAGAUGACAGCAACAUUCUGCUGUUUAUAAGGACCAACUGCAAAACCACUAUUCAAACACCCGUCCUAUGAUGCUGCUGAAAAAAAAUUCUAGUUAAAGAUCCUCUAAAUGACAGCAGACCUACCGUACGAACACCAGUCCAAGAUGCUCUAUGUGACAGUAGAAGUUGUUCUUAGAAAUCUACUGUAAAAGUCAGCCCCACUCGCGACCGAUCUGAUGUCCUUUACCAGUUGAAUAGCCCUGAACUAAGUCAUGAGUGGUACAGUCCAGCCCAGACUCUAAAUGGCAAUCUCCAUGAACCAGGAAGUAGCCUGCAAACAUAGCAAUUUAUUCUUUUUUUCCUUAACAGUUUGGCCUUGGUGGAGGUAUUUGCUCCACUUUUGAGUGCCAUUCUCAUCUCAUUUGUCGCGUCCUCUUUGUUUAUUUCUCGGGGUGGGGAAAAGUGCCAUUUGGUUGUCGUGUGUUACCACUUGAUGUUGUGACAUUAAAGUAUGGCUGACCAGCAAA